AGAGAGAGAGAGAGAGAGAGAGAGAGAGGAAAAAACACAAGAAAAGAAGAAAAGAGAUGCCACAGUAGAGCUCAGUGAAGCCACCCUUCAAGCCAAACGUCUUCAGACAUCAAACACACAUCAAAAGGUGUGCGGCGGAAUAAAUGCCCUGAGAUCUGCAGUAGGAGCACUACAAAGCCGUGACCAGUGUCCAGCUACAUAUAGCUAGACCAGGGCAGAGCACUUGACCCUCCACCACAACACCAGCACUCCAUUCACUUCUGGACGAGAACUACCAGGAACCACCUGGAUCAGCAUUGAGGGAUCUUUUGCAAGCUCUUCAAAAUCAAACCAGACUCGGAAUUAGUGUUCCUCCCUGGAUCUACCAAGAUUUUCCUCUUGUGUGAAGCCUCCUGCACAUUGGAGAGUGCCUACAGCUGAUACACGCUUCCCACACCCCUUUUGCCUCUAACCAUGGCUGGCACUGGGGUUUGGAAAUGUCGGUUAACAGCCACCACGCCUUUUCUCCCUUUCCUACUGCUCCUCUUGGGGCCUUUCUCCGGGGACUCCAGCCCCAUCGGCUCCCCGGAGAGGCACCGUCCUGCCCCGGGGCUAGAUGACGGGCAUGGAGGGAUGAUGGACCCCUCUUUUCUGGAGCAAGACAGCGAGGUGGACAUGCAGAGCCUGCUGGAGAAUCUGCGGGGGCAGUUCCUCCGGACCUUCAACCUCUCGGGCCGUGGGCCACCUAUGCAGCCUGGGGCACCCCGAGUGGAGCCCCCAGAAUACAUGCUGGAGCUGUACAACCGAUUUGCUAAUGAUCGCACGGCCAUGCCGUCUGCCAACAUUGUACGCAGCUUCAAAAAUGAAGACUCCUCCCCAUGCAAUGUGGGAAGCGACGGUGUGAGGCGGCACCCCCUCCUCUUCAACGUUUCUGUCCCGCAUCAUGAACGAGUAACAGCUGCUGAAUUGCGCCUCUACACCCUCGUCCAGACUGACCGGCACCUGUAUGCUGGUGUUGACCGCAAGGUGACCAUUUACGAGGUGGUGCAGCGGGACACCAACAGCAGUCAGCCAAGACGAGGGGAUGUUUUUGAAGAAGGAGGAGAGGAAGAGACACAGCUAGUAGAGUUGGCCUCACGGCAGGUCUACGGCAUGGACAACGGAUGGGAGUCAUUUGACAUGACUGCUGCCGUGCACCACUGGCGCAAGUCUGACUAUGGCACCACCCACAGACUGGAGGUCCACAUAGCAAGUCUGAACUUGCAGUACGUGGCUGGACAGAAUGAGUCAGAGGUCGAAGGUCCCACCAUGAGUGGGGACAUGGAAAUUGACACCAGCCCAGAAGAGAGACACAAACCUCUGAUGAUCGUUUUCUCCAAUGACCAGAGCGGUGACCACAGAGGAGACAAACAGGAGUUAAGCGAGAUGAUCAAGCAUGAAACGACUGGCCCAGACCUAAGUGACAACCUGGGGCUGGAGCUCACAGAUCUCUGGGGGGAGCUGGGGACUGCAGAAAGAGGUGAACAGAGCAAGGAGGAGGAACCAGGUGAGGAAGAUCUCCUCCAGAUGCGAUCCAACCUCAUAUAUGAUACAGCCUCCAGGAUUCGAAGGAAUGCAAAGGGCAACCAGUGUAAAAAGAGCUCCCUUUACGUCGACUUCAAAGACAUUGGCUGGGACUCUUGGAUCUUAGAACCUCAAGGCUAUGAGGCAUACGAAUGCACAGGAAUUUGUACUUACCCCUUGACCAAACAUGUCACUCCAACCAAGCAUGCCAUUGUGCAGACACUGGUCAGCAUCAAAAGUCCAGACAAAGUCUCCAGAGCUUGCUGUGUUCCCACUAAACUUGACCCUAUCUCACUGCUCUACCUGGACGAUGCAGGUGUGGUCACCUACCAGUAUAAAUAUGAGGGCAUGGUGGUGGCAGAGUGUGGUUGCAGAUGAGAGGGUUUGAUGUGCCAAACCUUUGGGCCUGGCUAAAGACAAUGAGAAAUGGGGACAUUUCAAUGUCUUAGCUUCAGAGGAGAAAAGACUGUAAAGAAACUGUAAGUAGUUUCAAGGCAACAGGCCAAAAUCAAGACAGAAGACGUCCCACAGAAAGAGAAUGGUUCCUUGUCAACUUAAAUCGAACUAGAACCAUGACUGAUCUGCAGACGCCUUUGUAUAUGACUCUUCAAAGCGACAGCAGAAAAGGACGAGAAGUUGGGAAACUUUUGGCAGUAUAAUCUAGUGUGUUGUACCACUGCACUUAGUGCUUAUAUUUAGAUUUGCCCUUCUGUAAAAAAAAUAUAUAUAUUUCAUGUUCGUUUCAGGAACAGAAAAAGGGAACAUGAAAAGUGAGAGACAAGAAAACAAAGUGUACAAGCCAUGAUAACUCUUUGACCAAUCUCUGAUCGAGUGGAAUAUGAUGCAGCAGAACUUUCUCCAGACGUCGUGCAAUAACUGAUCAAGGACAAACCCAGCAUCCCUAAAGGGGACUUAAUGUUAGUUAGUGUGUUAGGAAUAGAUUCUAUUAUCUCAAAGCAAGAUGAUGUAAAUCAUCUUUGAUGUAUUUGCUCCUACCUGUUUGCACAAAUCUACUCUUAAUCCAAUAGCAGCAAUGGCCAACUCUGCUCCAAAAACAGUGGCUGAGGCCUUAACCAUGGGUCAUCUUGUCAGAUACAUCCCUGGUUCUUUCAAGGACAUUUUAGAUCUCUCUAAGUGGGUGUCUCUCAAAUAUGGAAGCUUGGGUUUAGAGGGCCUGUGAACUGGACACACUGUAGGGUCGUUCAAAUGACCCUGGCAGAGGCAGGAUGCCUGCAAAAACCGCCUAGAUCCAGUCUUCUCAGUGCCAUAUCUGCAUCCCGCCUCUGCCGUGUGUCAAUAUACUGUUUCCUGCUCGGCUGAAUGCAUUUGAUAUGGGCCAUCCGAGGCAAAGCAACUUUGUUAUCUGGGAGGUCUUUCAAGGAAAGGAAACAUGUGAAACUAACCAGAAUGAUCUGGAGUGAGAUGUUCUUUUGGACGAUGAGAAAACUUUUACUUGGACAUGCUAUGUGCAGCGGAAAGUACCAUACAAAGUUUCUGUAUGCUUGUGAAAGAGGCCCACGUGCUGGAUGAGAGACUGUUGAGAUUCCUCAGACUGACCACAAUUAAAUUGUAGGAAAAUUGCCUUGCCUAACACACGAUUGGAUUAAUAUGAUUGGAAAACACAGCUUUAAUCUAUAUUUCCAUCCUUCUUUACCUUGUAACUGACCUUCUAGUGUGGAAUUGAUAAAGAAAGCAGCACUUUCGCUAGCCACUAUACUAUCAGGUCCCAGAGCAGAGCAGCAGGGCGGAUGGAGGAAGCCACAUGCUCUUUCAAUUGUCCGAGGGGUGUCAGUCAGCGUCAUGAGGGUGGGGGUGAAUGUGAGGAAGAGGCAUGAGGGUUAUGGGGUUAUCUUCAUGCUGUUGCCUUGCAUGGCGUGUGAGCUGAGCUCUCAGCCCUCGACCGGUCUGUGAUAAGAAGGUGUCGGGGCUGAGAAACAUGCAAGUGGCCAUUCCAAGCAACUGUGGUGGGAGGUGGGAGCGAAGCCUGUCAAGAUUCCAAGCUUUACUUCAACUCCCUGACCUCAAUCUGGUCUCAUUUACGGACACUGGUCCCCUUCCCCCCGAAUUAUCGAACAGAAGACAGUUGUCUGACAAAGUGUGCCCUCACCCUUAAUAAACUUCUUAACAGGACAGAGAGCUCUUAAGAUUCUUUAGAUUACAUUUUUGUUGAUUCUUUUAUGAUGGUAAUCCUUCUGGGAAGUCGCUAACAAUCAAUCAAAGCAAGUGGGGACAGAUUAGCAGGAUAUUUAGCAUAUAACUAGCUUGUCUCUACCACCUUUUAUGUGUUAUUAGCUACUUAAGCAUGUUGGAAUCAGGGAAAAAGGGAAGAUAGCUAGCUACUUACUGUGUCUAUAACGGCAAUGAUAUGGGGAAUUUUUUGAAGAGACUGUUCAACCAAAAAAUAUGAACAAGCCAUGUGAUGUUAACAGGCUACCACUUGCUAGCCAUGUUACCACCUUUGGUGGAAUGUAGAAAAGCAUUUUGUUGUCAAUAUGUUGAAUAACCUCGAUUGGGACCUUAAUCAUGUCUCCGCAACACAUCACAUCACCACAACAGAUGCCAAGACUGUCAAAACAAAGGUCUCCGCAAACCUAUCUACAUCAUGAAGCUCAUGAAAUAUGGCUUUUGUACUGCUGCUUUAAGACCAAUGCUUAUUUAUUGAUUAAUUUAUUAAUUUUAUUGUCUGUUAAAUCGUUUUGUAUAGCAAUAUAUGUAAAUAAAUACAUUAUACACAUAAAUUACUUUAUACCUUAUAAUGAAAGACAUGUGGAUGUGCUUUGUCAAAGUUAGAGAUGUUCUGUUUUGCGCCUCUAAUGCUUGUAAAACGCUUCAAUGUCAGGAAACAAUAUGUUAGCAGCUUUGAUAAAUUGCUUUAGAGCAGCCAAAUUCUUACAUGUUUGAACAGAUGCUGUGACAUUUGUGCAGAUCCUGUGCAGAUCAUCUACACCCCACCACCCCCCGCCAACCCCACCGCUAAAACCCACCCACAUUGGCUACUCCAAAACACCGGAUAUUUUUAGAUGUGACACUCCUUAUUUAAACACUAGAGCUGUUCAUUUAAACACAGCGUGGAGGGGGAGCGAUUCAUAACUUUUAACUUUCCAUUGAGAACAGCGGUUAACUGGUCCAGGGCCAUAGUUCAGACACGUGUCAGAAAGAUCCUAAGCCAUGGGAAACUGACUGGAAGCUAAUGACCACAUUCAGCGAUCUGCACAAAAGUCCCACGCAGCUGCCUCCAUAAAAAAUUGGCCUGCCUUGAAAAAAUGUUCACUCGUUUGUGGAUUUUGGGACUUUUAGCGUGCUUUGCUAAUAGAUGUUGAACUAGUGAUGUAUUUGCAUUGUAUCAACUGUCAUGAUUGUAAAUAAACU